GGACAGGCGGUAUAAGAAUCGUGAGCUGCAGCUUAUGCGCUCUAUGGAUCAUCCAAAUGUGAUUUCUCUGAAGCACUGCUUUUUCUCUACAACCAGUAAAAAUGAGCUUUUUCUCAACUUGGUCAUGGAAUAUGUCCCCGAGACUCUGUAUCGUGUUUUGAAACACUACAGCAAUGUGAACCAGAGGAUGCCACUUAUCUAUGUUAAACUCUACACCUACCAAAUUUUUAGGGGGCUUGCUCAUAUUCACACUGUUCCUGGAUUUUGCCAUAGGGACAUAAAGCCUCAAAAUCUUCUGGUAGAUCCCCUUACACAUCAAACCAAGAUUUGUGAUUUUGGAAGUGCAAAGGUUCUGGUCAAGGGCGAAGCAAACAUAUCGUACAUUUGUUCUCGCUACUACCGAGCUCCAGAGCUCAUUUUUGGUGCAACAGAAUAUACAACAUCGAUUGAUAUCUGGUCAGCUGGUUGUGUUCUUGCUGAGCUUCUUCUAGGCCAGCCGUUGUUUCCGGGAGACAGUGCGGUGGAUCAACUUGUAGAGAUCAUCAAGGUUCUUGGAACCCCAACUCGAGAAGAGAUUCGCUGUAUGAAUCCAAACUAUACUGAGUUUAGAUUUCCUCAGAUAAAGGCUCACCCAUGGCACAAGGUUUUUCACAAGAGGAUGCCUCCAGAAGUGAUUGAUCUUGCCUCAAGGCUUCUACAGUAUUCGCCUAGUCUUCGCUGCACUGCUCUAGAGGCAUGUGCUCAUCCAUUUUUUGAUGAACUUCGGGAGCCCAAUGCCCGCCUGCCUAAUGGUCGGCCUUUACCUCAUCUCUUCAACUUCAAACAGGAAUUAUCUGGAGCUCCACCAGAGCUCAUUAACAGAUUGAUACCAGAGCAUGUGAGACGGCAAUCUGGUCUAAAUCUCUUGCAUCCAGCAGGCACGUAAGCAUAGGAACCUUGAACCAGAUUUUUGGUACUUGAUGGAUGCGAAGCAAAGGGUACUAAGCUGUGGUUAAAUCAGAAUACAUACAAGCCUGAGAGGCGGAAUUUCUUUCUCCGCAAUGUUGCGACACAAACGGCUGGAUGGCUGGGCCUUCUGUAAUUUGGUGCAUUUUUCUACUACAGUUUUUGUUUUGCGCUCUUGCCCUCUUAAAUGUUUCAUGCUUUUGUAUAUUUGUCUCAUGAUAAAGGAUCCAAGUCGGACUGAUUAAAGUAGCUUUGAGUAGAAGAAAGGUGAUGGGAAGCGUUUCCUUAUGCAGAGAGGCGCUAAUGAAUGGCAGGAGCAAGCAAAGGUUGAGGGGUUGUUGGGUGGAUCGGUUGUUGUCUAAAGUUUACUUGCGUGGUGUUGUUUCUACUUAUAUUUGUGGCGGCUUGUGGUCGCGGACUCUCGCAAUUCAGAAGGCGAGUUCUUUUUACCCUUCUGGCGAUGUUUUGAAUAAUUUUGUUUCUAGUUGUA